AUGGCGAACGAGUUCAAGAUUGGAACUCGCGGCAAAUCUAAAAGGAAAAAUUCAGGCCGAAAACGCUUUAUGUCUGCAGAUGCGAAUGUUGAAGAAAAGGUGAAACUUCAUCUGUGUGCUCUCUGUCGUCGCCAAAUCGCUGGAGAGGAUACAUCUCAUGUUGAAGUGGUUGAAAAGCCUUUCGAGUGCGUAUUGUGCUUUGGGCUUCUUGAUCCGGCAUACAUAGAAAAAGUGGCCGAAGCUGUUGCGAGCCAGUUGAAGGACUCACCAUAUGACGCGACUGCUUGUACGCUUGCUCUCAAUUUGCCUAUAUCACAAACACUUCGACAAACCAUCAUAAAGCAAGCGAGACCGGAUCUCAAUGGGAUCUUGGCUACCGUUCCGUACAAAAUUAGGAAUAUUGAUGCGUAUUUACCAAAAUUGAGUGAGGCGUCUGGAUUGCGGCUCACUUUGUCGUCGGAUCUCCAGUUAACGAUCGCUUUCGAAAAUGAUGAGUUCAAUGACCAGGACACGAAAUUCCUUCUCGAGCACUUCCCGGAAGUUUUUCACCAGGGAAGAAAGCGAAAGUUCCAAGAGCAGAACGAGUCACAAACAUUCACAAAAAUCAAGGUGGAGCAGAUUUUGGGCCGUAUAAAAGGAGAUAUUGCAAAGAAAUACACUUUGUCCUGUCCAACUCGUCCAUGCAGUUUCACUUGUCGUUGGAACGAGAUCCUGUUUUUAUCGCCGGAAGGUACUGCAAGUAUUCACGGAUGUUACCUCAGUCACCUUGGUCAGUUGAGGAAAAAUCGGCGCCAAGAGAACCUGGAAACUCGGUAUGCUCUUUAG